AUGGCGUCGGCCAAUGAACAUGGAGAGCGAGGUGAUCAGAUGGUACCUGAUGGAAAGGAAGAAGAGGAGGAAAAGAGCGUCCGCGGAGUCCAAUCUCAUUACCUUCGCUGUUCCUCCCCAAAUUUCUCCAUGACCUCAGAGUCCAGGUUUUCCAUGAUCUCUGGGUCUGACGCUGAGAGCAUCUUCAUGGAGCCCAUCCACCUCUCGUCAGCCAUCGCUGCCAAGAAGAUCAUCAACGAGGAGUUGCCACCUCGAGGCGUGCGGUCCGAGUCCAUCCCAGAGUCCAUGUUGGAAACCGCUGAGCAGCUGAUGGUGGAAGAUCUCUACAACCGUGUCAGGGACAUGAUCGAUGACCGCAGCCCCUACAACACCCCCUGUGUGCUGGACAUCCAGAGAGCCAUGGUGCAGGACCGCCUAGAGGCUCCCAUCAAUCCCGUGGAUGAAGUGUGGCCCAACAUCUUCAUUGCCGAAAAGUCUGUUGCUGUGAAUAAGGCCCGUCUGAAGCGAAUGGGCAUCACACACAUCCUGAACACAGCUCACGGUACAGGAGUCUACACCAACGAGUCUUUUUACGCCGGCAUGAACAUUAAGUACAUGGGCAUUGAAGUAGACGACUUCCCUGAUGCUGACAUCUCGGUGCACUUUAGACCCACCGCCGAAUUCUUGGACGAUGCUCUGCUGACGCACAAAGGAAAGGUUCUUGUUGUUUCUAUGAUGGGCAUCAGUCGUUCUGCUAUCCUGGUGGCUUGCUACCUGAUGAUCUUCCAGAACAUGACCAUCAUGGAGGCUCUGACCUCAAUGAGGAAAAAACGUGCCAUCAACCCCAACGAAGGCUUCCUGAAGCAGCUAAGAGAGUUCAAUGAGACCCUCAUGGAGGAGCGAGAUGAUGACGACGAAACACUAAGCCAGUGCUCUGUGAUUGACGCUCGAGCGCGCACUCGCAUCUUUGGGGAAGAUGAUGAUGAGGAUACGGACACAGAGGAAGAGCAGAGUAUGAUUGAGGUGAAAGCUAACUCCAUUAUGAUGGAGGAGGAGGAGGAUGGAGAAAGUGUGAUGAGCAGCGUUGCCUCCUCUGCAGCUGCUGCAGCACUUAAAAGUGGUUUGACUGGAGCUCAGAAUGGGUUCAACAACCAGGUAUCCAAUGGUGUCCCAAAUGAGUUUGCUCUACCUGAACAGGGGGGCAAGGAAGAUGGGGAUGAUGAUGAUGGUCUGGACAGCAUGAUGCAGGAGUGGCAGCGGAGGAAUGAAAAAUACCAGAAUGAUGAGUGGUGGGAGGCACAGCUGAACACUGAUGGGGAGGAUGAGGAGUCUCUUCCAGGGGUUUUUACAAAGAAGACAAAAGAAGUUGGAGACACUGAUGUGGAGAGUGUAACCAGUGAGGACAUACGAGCUGUGAAAGAGCGGCUGAAGCGUCGCAACAGACGCCCACCCUCUGACACAAUGUCCACAUCCAGCUGCAUGAGUUACUCUGAUCUUUGGAAGCAGCGGCUUAAGGAGAUCGAAGAGCAAGCAGCUGCUCGGUACCGCAAGAAAGAAGAUGAUGAAGGCAGUGAGAGCACCGCCACUGAAGACGAAGGAGUGAAGAAGACGAUUGAUGAUGAAGUAGAUAGCAUCCUCUCUGACACCAGCUCCAUGUUUAACUUCUGUCAGAAGAAUAAGGAGAAGAUGUCACCAUUGGAACGUUGGCGAAUCAAGAGAAUCCAGUUUGGGUGGAACAAGAAAGAUCGAGAUGAUGGAGAGAAAAGUUCUGUUGGUGACGGUGAGGAAGAAGCCAAGACACCAUCUCUCCAAGACAUCAAUCUGACGGCGUAUCAGGCAUGGAAGCUGAGGCAGCAGAAGCGUCUCGGGGAAGAGAACACAGAUGAGAUUCUGGAGCUGAGCAGAGGCGAGGACUUAGCAACAAUCAGAAGAAGACAACGACGUGAAGAGAUUCUGGAGCGUUCAAAGAAAACUUUAGAAGAAAGCCAGUCCGUAUGUGGCUGGGAAACAGAGAGUUGCGUUAGUGGUGGUACGAUACCUCUAUCUGCCUUCUGGGCUGGAGCUGGUGUUACAGGGCCGCCAAGUGUUGCCAAUGAUGACAAUAUGUCCAUGCUCAGUGGUAGAUCUUCCACAAUUUCUUCAGUUUCCCAGGCUCGCAGCACAAGAUCCUCACAGUUUGGAAUCCCAGUAAAUCCUGUGCCACCAGUACCGCCGAUCCUCCCAGUUCCAACUGUGCAGGGCCCCGGAGGUGAACCAAUGGUCAAUCUGGCUAGCAUCCAAAACUGGAUUGCUAAUGUUGUUUCAGAAACAAUCAAACAGAAGCAGAGUGAAAUGAGCCUUCCUCCUCCAUCACGUGCUGGGUCUGAAUUGAGCUUUGGUGCUCCAUCAAACGUGAUUUCAGGGCGCAGUGUCGAUGAUGACAAAGCAUCCUUGCUGAGUGGUGCUUCCUACUCCAGCUCUCUGUCACAAGAUCGAGGCAGGGCAGCAUCAGUCCUCUCCAGUGGCAGUUCAGGCAGCAUCUCAGGUCUCAGUGGUAGAGGCUCAGCAUUAGGCUCUAACCUUGGCUCCACCCUGGGCUCAAAGAAAAACAAGAUCACCACUACCAGUGUUCCUCUCUUCAGCCUCUUCCAGGACCAAGUUAACCUGGAUAAACUGGAUGCCAUGGACAAGGAGAUCAAGUCAGAGAUGAGGGACAAGAUGUCUACCUAUGAAAAGAAGAAGAUCCUGGAAGACAACAAACGCAGUACUCUGUUUAAGAAAAAGAAGCCAAAGGAGGAUGAAGAUGAGGAAGAGGAAAGAAAGAAGAAAGAGGAGGAGUUUCUUGAGGAGACAAAGAAAAAGGAGAAACCAAAGAGGAGUUACGGUCUAUCGGGGUGCCUGAAUCUAAACCCAGCGCUGGAGAAAGAUAAAAACACCAACAUUGAUGACUGGCUGAAAAGUGUCAGGCCUCCCCCAAGAAAACCAGCUUCAGGAACUGAAGCUGGUCCAUCAGAGGACCCCUAUGAUGAUCUUGACGCCUCAGCUUCUGAAUUUGACUUCUCAAGCAGAAGAGCCUCUUAUGCUGCUGACGAAGAUGAUGAUGAGGAAACGUAUGGCAUUACUUCCAGAUACCGAGCCAGGUUACACGAAGAUCUAGCAAGUGAAGACACAGAAUAUUCCUGCAAUGGCUUCACGCAAUCCCACAACUACAGCCAACCGGGAAGAUCGUUUGGUGCUGUUCAUCAUUCACGAUAUGAAAGCAAUGAGACAGAAGGGAGAAGGACUAGGAGACAGGAAGCCACAGAAGAGGAGGAGGAUGACAUCUCCACCUUCAUUGCCCAAACCAGGCAGAGGAUCAGGGCUCGAGCUGCUGCGGAGGCCGAAGACGACGAGGUUCUCGCUGCUUGGAGAGCUCAGCAGGAGGCGAAGCGAGAGAAGCAAAACUUAGAAAAUACUACUGAUGCAGACAGGUUUUAG